UAGAGUUAGCAUUAGCUGCUAUCGGACCCUGCUGACCACCCAGUCCUGUCUGAGGUUUCUACCUCUAUAACGGCUUUAUACGAGCUUAUAUGGAGCUGUUCAACACCGCCAAAGGCUGCUGCCCCGGUGUAUUACUGAGAUAAGGACAUUUUAUUGAAGUGCUGCCUGUUUUUAAACCACUGCAGUAAAACCAGAGGCUCAGGUGGAGUUCAGUCCUUUCCUUUCGUUGCCAGUAAACUACAAACAAGCCCAGCAUGCUGGUAUGAGCAGCGCCACGCCCACAGAGGAGAUGAACGGAGCUGGAAACCUGAUGGAUUUCCUGGAUGAGCCUUUUCCUGACGUGGGCACGUACGAGGACUUCCACACCAUCGACUGGCUGAGGGAGAAAUCCCGGGACACAGACCGCCACCGCAAGAUCACCAGUAAGAGCAAAGAGUCCAUCUGGGAGCUGAUCAAAAGCCUGCUGGACGCCUGGUCAGGAUGGGUGGUGAUGCUGCUCAUAGGACUCCUCUCAGGAACGCUGGCCGGCGUGAUCGACCUGGCGGUGGACUGGAUGACGGACCUGAAGGAGGGCGUUUGUCUGUCGGCCUUCUGGUACAGCCACGAGCAGUGCUGCUGGACGUCCAACGAGACCACGUUUGACGACAGAGACAAGUGUCCGCAGUGGCAGAAGUGGGCGGAGCUAAUGACCGGACACGCCGAGGGCGCUGGAGCGUACGUAUUGAACUACUUCCUGUAUAUUCUGUGGGCUCUGCUGUUUUCCUUCCUCGCCGUGUCUCUGGUGCGAGUGUUUGCUCCGUACGCCUGUGGUUCAGGAAUCCCAGAGAUCAAGACCAUCCUCAGCGGCUUCAUCAUCCGGGGUUACCUGGGGAAAUGGACCCUGCUGAUAAAGACGGUCACCCUGGUUCUGGCGGUGUCGUCGGGUCUCAGCCUGGGGAAGGAGGGCCCUCUGGUCCACGUGGCCUGCUGCUGUGGGAACCUCUUCUGCAGCCUCUUCUCCAAGUACAGCAAGAACGAGGGCAAACGCAGAGAGGUGUUAUCGGCUGCAGCGGCGGCUGGAGUGUCGGUGGCGUUUGGAGCGCCCAUUGGAGGAGUCCUGUUCAGCCUGGAAGAGGUCAGUUAUUACUUCCCUCUGAAGACUUUAUGGCGUUCGUUCUUCGCCGCCCUGGUCGCCGCCUUCACUCUGCGCUCCAUCAACCCGUUUGGAAACAGCCGCCUGGUGCUCUUCUAUGUUGAGUACCACACGCCGUGGUACAUGGCCGAGCUUGUCCCCUUCAUCCUCCUUGGCGUGUUCGGCGGCCUCUGGGGGACGCUCUUCAUCCGUGCCAACAUCGCCUGGUGCCGGCGGAGGAAGACCACCCAGCUGGGGAAGUACCCAGUGCUGGAGGUCAUCGCUGUGACGGGAAUCACGGCCGUGCUGGCGUACCCUAACCCGUAUACUCGCCGCAGCACCAGCGAGCUGAUCUCUGAGCUCUUCAACGACUGCGGCGCUCUGGAGUCGUCACAGCUCUGCGAUUACGUCAACAACCCCAACAUGAGUCGACCGGUGGACGACAUCCCAGACCGGCCGGCGGGACCAGGAGUCUACAACGCCCUGUGGCAGCUCGCCCUCGCUCUGGUCUUCAAGAUCGUCAUCACCAUCUUCACCUUUGGCAUGAAGAUCCCGUCGGGUCUCUUCAUUCCCAGCAUGGCGGUCGGAGCGAUUGCAGGACGGAUCGUUGGGAUCGCCGUGGAGCAGAUGGCGUACCACCACCAUGACUGGAUCAUCUUUAAGAACUGGUGCCGGCCCGGUGCGGACUGUGUCACGCCUGGACUGUAUGCCAUGGUGGGAGCGGCUGCCUGUCUGGGUGGGGUGACCAGGAUGACCGUCUCUCUUGUGGUCAUCAUGUUCGAGCUCACUGGUGGUUUAGAAUACAUCGUGCCGCUGAUGGCGGCUGCUGUCACCAGUAAAUGGGUGGCGGACGCCUUCGGUAAGGAGGGCAUCUACGAGUCUCACAUCCAGUUGAAUGGUUACCCUUACCUGGAUGUCAGGGACGAGUUCACCCACCGCACCCUGGCCACUGACGUGAUGCGGCCCCGCAGGAACGACCCCCCUCUGGCCGUCCUCACUCAGGAUAGCACCACGGUGGAGGACGUGGAGACGCUCAUCAAGGACACCGAUUAUAACGGCUUCCCUGUGGUUGUGUCCAGAGAGUCCGAGAGGCUUAUCGGCUUCGUUCAGCGGCGGGACCUCACCCUCGCCAUCAAAAACGCCCGUCAGAAGCAGGACGGCGUGGUCAGCAGCUCUGUGGUCUACUUCACCGAGGACGCUCCACAGCUGCCCGCCAGCAACCCUCAGCCGCUGAAGCUGCGACGCAUCCUGAACCUGUCCCCUUUCACCGUCACUGACCACACGCCCAUGGAGACGGUGGUUGACAUCUUCCGCAAGCUCGGCCUUCGCCAGUGUCUCGUCACGAGGAGCGGGCGUCUGCUGGGAAUCAUCACUAAGAAGGACGUUCUGCGACACAUGGCCCAGAUGAUGAACCAGGAUCCAGAGUCCAUCAUGUUCAAUUAGAGGGGAAAUCCAGCUUUACUUAGUGGGUGUAAAUAUGUGAAACCAACAUGUACUGCAACAUGUGAAACGUCCUCUCUCCUGACAGGCAAGUCCCUCCCUGUAGCCCCCACAGCAGCUCAGUGUAACUCCCAUCAGCAGGAGGCUUCUCAUUCAGUGUUUAAGUUUCAGACUCAGAGGAGAUGAGCUGUGAGAAGACAAAUCAGAUGAUUCAGUGUUUUCUGUUGUCAUAAUCAUAAAGCACCUAAGGUUGUCAAAACCUUCAAUACCACACUUUAAAAAACGAUACAGUCUUUGUUAUUUUAAUGAUCAUAGAACAAAGAAAGGCCUGCACACUGUCUAAGAAGUAUGAAGCUCUGGUCCAAUGUCCACAGGUUAGGAUGUACCUGCAUUCAGGAUACAAUUCUGUACCUUCCUGCACAUUUGUGCAGAGGUGUUGUUGUGUUUCUGAGAACCUAAGACAGGAGAAAAAAAAGAUCUUAUUCCUCUGUAUUGCAACUUUUUAGCUCAAGAUGUGCCCGCUCUUUCUUCUCUCUCCACUUGAAGAAGAUUGGGGUUAAAAAUAUGCUCAUAUGUGCUCAACUGUGCAAAAAUGUUCUUACUUCUCAGUUCUACUGACUGCAGACAUAAUGGAGUGAAACUUCAGCAGCAUUCAAAACAUAAAUUCUGCAUCUUUCUGCAUGUUUGUGCAGAGGUGUCGAUGUAUUUCUGAGUCCUUUAGACCAUAAUCACCGUGAAGAGUCGUCUUAUUUCACUGCUCCACAGUGUUUCUGUGGAGCAGUAAAAUUUUUUUUUCUUACUCUUGAAAUUGAUUUCCACCGCUGCACGCCCUCUCAUUCUAGCUCCACUUUCAGCAGAUGUGAGUCGAGAAUGUACCUGCAUGUGCGUAUUUCUGCACAAACUUGGUACGUUUGUUUCAUAGAUGUAAUGGUGCACAACUUCAGCAGCAUUCAGAACAUAGAGUCUGCACCUUCCUGCACGUUUGUGCAGAGGUGUCGUCGUGUUUUGGGGAACUUCAGCUUCUAGAAUCACUGAAACAAUCAUCUUAUUCCUGAUUUGGUUCCAGGAGUGCUUCCUUUUAUCUCUUAAUCUUAAAAUUGGAACAUAAAAAUAACAGAUAUUAUGUCGUUAAAAGCCAUGGUUCUUAUUUUUUGGAUCCAGCAGAGCUGUUUUCAGAUGGUUGUGAUUGUUUUCCUGGAAAAAAAUCAAAAGAUUGCGGCAAAAGAUCUGAUGUACAGAAGCCCAAAGUAGACAUUCAUCCCAUAUUUAUUUUACUUUACUCAGUCUGAUUGUGAUAAGUGGGUUUUAGUUGUUUUAUUGACAUAUUUCUGCUCUUAUCUUCUCUAGAAACAACUUCAACUUGCAUGUUUUGGCAAUGAAAUGAAGCAUAUGGAUGCAUGAGCUCCUGGGGCUUCUGUAAGGAUGUUCUUUUGUUUUAUCUAAGGUCCAAAAAUAUACAUUUUUCUCUUUGAGUGGCUGAAAACGUGUGAAAUUUGGGUCUUAAUCUUUCUGUGAGAGUCCUGAGGUCAAACAAGUUGAGAACCACGGCUUUAAAGAAUGUGGUAUUGAACAUUUUGACAACCUGUGCUGCCAACACAGCUGAGACUUUAGCUCAUUUAUGCUGAGUGCCAAUUCUGGAGCAGCAGCUGCCGUCGCUCCUUCAUAGCUGCAGAAAACGUCACAGAUCUGAGGAAGCUUACUUUCGAACAUGUACAGCUCUGGUUCAGGUAGUUUUAUCGGCUGUAGACUUUAAGAAAACUUCAGUUAACUUUUGCCAAGAAAGGCUAGAUCAGAGUUGAAAAAGAAGAAGAAAAAUUAGCCUGGAAGCAGAGUCAGUAAACAUGCAUAAAUGCUCAGAACUCACUUUAAUGUUGUCUUUUAAAUGCACGUUAGAUCCAGGUGAUUGCAUUGAACUAAACUACAAAACUUGACCUGACUUUUAGGUGAAUAUCAGUAAAAAUCAGGGAGGUUUGGGACCAGCUGGGAGAUGUUUGAACCCUGAAAUGAACAUUUAAACACUCAAACAUUUGAUUUAAGUUAAAGCCAGAGAGUUUGGGACUGCCGCACUUUGACUUUAGAUGUAAUGUUGUCUUCGUUGUUUUGUGUUGCUGCCAUAUUUCUAUGUGUUAAUGGUUAUUUUAUCAUCAGCGGUGAAAUCCACCCGUUUUUACUACUACAGAACAAACUGUGACACUAAAUAUUAUUUUACAGGAGCACUACAGAACCAGGUACACUUUCAGUGAGCUUUCCUUCCAACAUUUUCAGUUUUUGCAGAAAAAUCCAGACUGUAAAGGCGUAAAAUCUCACACCACUGGAAAGAAAGAAGUUUGAAAGUGUGUCAGAGCAGGACUGAAGUGAUCCUAUCUGUCACUGCUGUGUGAUUACAGGUACCAUAACUGAACUCUUUAAAGUGAAUCAGGCAGCUGCAGAGGGACGAAUGAAGGGAAAUGUUGGAGAAAGUUCUAGAAAUGCCGCUCAUUUUUCUGCACAGGAAGCUGAACGUGAUCCAGAACAAACCGGAUCAUUCCUCGCCUGCACAUUCAGCGUUUUUAAUCCGUCGUGAUUUUUGUUGUUUUAAAAACAUUUUAGCUGCUAAACAGGAAAGUUUCCGUUUUUGUGUGUCAGGUUUUCUGUUUUUAAAUGCCAAGAGAAUGUACGAGAAAAGAAAACGACGUUGUACAUACUGAAGGUUUAUUGUGAGCAUUUUUUAUUUAAUAUAAUUUUGUCUGAGACACUAACAUUCUUUUAUUUAAUCUCUGAAAGGAGUCAUGAUGGAAAACAAGCAUUUGCACUUUUUUGUUUCUUUGGAUUUGUAAAUGAAGUGAUUGAAAAUAAACCUUAAAAAUGUACCUGCA